AUGGAUGAACCAAAGUUGGAGGAGAAAGAUGAUAAAAGAGAUGGCGUGAAUGAUGAUAGUAAAAAGGGUGCUCCAACAAAUGCACAAUUGAUUAGUAGGAUUCAAAAGGUGAAGGAGGUAGAUAAAGAACAAAAACAAGUUUCGGAUGAAUUCAUUUGGAAUUUUUUGGUUUGUGUGGUUAAUAGUUGCAUCCGUUCAACUAAUAACAAGCAACUAUACAUUAAGUUUUUGUAUAGUUGCAAGGAUACAAAGAAUAUAGUUAAGUUGAAUUGGUGCAAAUUUGUUAAGGAGCACUUGAUGGAAACUACUAAGAAAUGGCUAGAUGGAGAAUCUUUCUUUACGGGUCCUUUAAUCUUUCUUAUGGUAUCCUAUUUUGAUCGGGUACAAAGGAAGGAGUUCGAGAUACCACGUCAAGUUCCAUUAAUAUCAUUGUGGAACCAAGAAAGGUUCCAUACAAGAUUGAAGUUUGAGAAAGACCUUGGAUUUGGAAAAGGAAAAGUACUAAAAAGAAUGAAAUUGAAUGUGGGAUUGGAAAAAAGGCAAGAGAAUGACAAAGGCAAGAAGAAAGAGCAACCCUUGACAAUUAGAGAAAAACAAGGGGAGAAGAAAGUAAUAAAAAAGCAAGGGAAAGACAAAGGAAAAGAGAAAGUUGUGGAAAACCAAUCAAUGACAUGUGAUUCUAUCACGUCUCCAAAUGAUAUGAUGGGUUUUUUAAGCAAAUUUGGAGAUUUGGCAAAAAGUCUUGCAUCGAAUGUAAAAGAGAUGUAUAGCAUGUUGGAACAAGCAAAGGAUAUCUUUGUUGAGGAAGAAACAACGGGGAAAAUGCAUCAUCUUAUAGACAACAUUUGGUGCAAGUAUACCACAAAGCCAUUGGUAAAUCAAGAAGAAGAAAAGCAACAGACAAAAAGUCCUUCCAUACUUAGUCAAGAUCAACAUUUCUUCGAUGAACCGGCAUUCAUAGAAGAAUUGGAUAUGUUGAUGAACAUUGCAUGGAAGAAAUUUAAUGUUGAAAAGUCACCAAAGUCAUUGGGACAUGGUAAUUACAUGUUUAAUUUCUAAAUUAUACCUAUGUUCUAAAUUAUGCUCUUAAAUCAAGUGUUUAUGU